AUGCAGUCCGACUACCCCAUGCCUCCAGUUUACCAGUCACACCCUCACCAUUUCGUCUACGAUAACGGGUCUGGUCCUCACGGCCCCGGAUCGGCAGUCGACCCUUCCCCUCCCCACCACUACACCCCUCAGCUCAUGCCUAUCGAACAACGCCGGCCGCAGCUUAAUGUCAACAUGCCCAUGGAACCCGUAGCUCCCACCAUCACCUUUGGGUACCCCCAACCACCCCAGCAGUCCGACCAGGUGCAUCAUUCCUACUACAGCAGCGGCAGUUUUGAUGGCGGUGCCGGUCCUUCGAGCGUCAGCCAGGAGAGUGGCACCUUUGGGUCCUUCCAGACCACCCCUAUUGAAGGUCCCCAUGCAUACCUUCACCCGCAACCCCAAGAAUGGCCCGCGCCAGGUCAACAAGCAUCAUCAUCCAACAAGCGCCCCAACAAGCGCGUGAGCGGCAGUGCGGCGAGUCCGGGCAAGGCCACUCGUGCACAGUACACGGCGUGCGGCGCCUGUCGCCACCGCCGAGUCAAGUGCGACCUUCGAGCCAGACAAGAAGACGCUGAGCGCGAAGCCCGACUCGAGGAGGCAAAGGGCGGUGGGCCAGUGAGACGCCGUCAACCUAGUUGCUCGAAUUGUGUGGAAAGGGGAACCAACUGCGUGGAUGAAUAUGCUCCGAUGAAGGCGGCCAAGCAGCUGCGUCGCGGUAAACGCAUAUCAGAAAUCGAGCAGCUGUAUGGCAAGUCGGCCACGGAUGCUGCCCUCGCAUCCCAGGCAGAGGACUCGGACACUGCCACCAGCCCAACCACACGCACUGCCGAGCGCCUACCAGAACUGACAAGAGAGUUCUUUGACUCGCCAUUUUUUCGCCGCUUCCACGUCCAGCGCCCCAUCGUCGAUCCCCUCGAGUUUGUCACUCGUUAUCUCUCCAAGCCCAUUCCAUGUGCAACUGCCAUGGGUCACGCGGGGUCGGUACUUUGCCACUGCCUUUACGCUUGGGCGGUGUCAUACGGCCUAGAUGAGAGAGGAAUGUACGACGGUCCCGACCUCAGUCGUGGACCGAUCGGGCCGGUCAACCUCAUGAGCCCAGGCGAGAACGAGACACGCCGUGAGCGCGACCGCCAGCGCCAAACAGAAAAGUUGCACUCUGUGAUACGCACCAUUCUGCGCGAGAUCGACGAGUUUGCGAUCAUGCGUCGGCCGUCGUGGGAUGGUGUGCGCGCGUUGCUGUUGAUCCUGCCACUCACUGAGGGCGUCUGCUCCGCACUUGAGCGCAAGAUCAUGUACCAGGCCGCCCUUUCCCAGGUUUUCACUCUAUGCUCGACCCAGGGAAUUGGCUAUGACGGUCGCCCAGCAGAGCUUCCACCUUCCCCUAUGAAGGACGACGAGGAGCGACGCGAGGUUAUUCGCAUGCGCAUCUAUUGGUACGCCUUUGUGCACGAGUCCAUCCAGAUGGGCCUCGCUGGCGGCAAUCUCACUCUUGUCGAGGACGAGGACACUGCAGCCAUCACCGAGGCCGUGAAAAAGCAACCCAUUGUCGCAGCACCAGGACAUGUCCACACAACUGUCAAGAUUGCUCUCGCACCGAUUCACCUGGCACUCGCUUGUCGCAUGAUUCACAGAGUUCUCACGGGCAAGGAGGCUCGGAAGCGUGAGCCUAAUUUCGAACAAAUGCAAGAGCUCUGGACGACUCUCGACCAGUCAUGGGAAGAGUUUGAGGCCUGCAAGCACGAGGAUUCGGCCGAGCCAUUCCGCCAACACUCGGAGGCCGUGCACUUUGCAGAUGGCUGGAAAAUCUAUCUCUUCGAGGCCCACAAUGUCAUUCGUCGCGUUCUCGAAGGCCGUCUCGCUCACAAAGAGGCCGCCCUUGGUGCCCAGGACUCGCGCUCGCGCUCCGUUUCGCCGGUGACUGCCACCAACGCUCAACACAGCGAUCUGACGCGUCUGCGCCAUCUGGUGGAGAUUGCCCGCAACCAGUGCGAUGUCAAGGCACGCCAAAUUGUGGACAUUGUGCAGACACAUCUGGGAUCAGAGUUCUUCGAGUGGGACGCCAACCUUGUUCGAGACGGCACCUACUAUGCCGCCCAGAUUCUCGCACGCGAAGGUGGCACAGACGAGGAAGUAGCGAUUUGCCUGCAGGCCCUCAACGAGCCCCGAUGGGCGUUUUCCAAAAGUGUUGAGCGCAGCCACGACCUUCGCAAAGCGUGGUUUGAAUCUCGUCACGGUGCCAUGUCCUCUCCUCAAGAGAACAUGAUGGAUGCCUCUGCCUCGGGUGGGCCGAUUUCGCAGUCGGAGUCGCCGUCGUUUACCUCGUCGACCUUCGACACAGGUGCCACUGAGCAACAGCAACACAUGCCCGGUUCUGCGUCAUGGCCAUCGACAGCCAACGUUCCCUCAUCUGCUCGGUUCAGCCCCUCGCAACAACCGGAACGCGGUUUGCGCUCGCCUGUGCACGCACCUCAAGGCUCGCCAUAUGCCAUGUACCACCAGGGCAGCCCGACCAUGCAACAGGCUCAGCAGCAGCAGCAGCACCUUCAUCACCCCCCUCUUCCGCAUGUGCACUCCCAGCAACACCAGCCACCACCACCCCAAGGGCAACUCCCCCAAGGCAUGGUGUUCAACCCCGCUGGUCAAGUCGUGAUCCAACCGGACGGCUCGCAAAUGUUUGUACCUUACGCCUCUAUGCCGUAA